AUGUACAAGGCACUCCUCGUCUGCGCCCUCCUCUGCCUCGCCGUCUUCGCUGAGGAUGCCGCCGACGCCCCGGUGGAGUCAGCCGUGACGCGCCCACACCAUGGGACCCAUGGCCCGCACCGCGACCACACCGGAGGACAUCACUCUGGAGUCACUGGGUUCCGAUCUGGCAGCCGAGGACCGAAGGGCCAUAAGGGAACCAAGGGGCCGAAGGGAUCCGGCUUCACCAAGGGACACAGCAAGGGAUUGAAGAAGGCUCACAAGAACACCAAGGCGCCAUCAGCU